AUGGCGCAGACCACCGCCCACCGUCGCCUGCUCCAAGAGUACCGCGCCCUGACCAACAACCCGCCCGAUGGCAUCACCGCCGGCCCCGUGUCCGAAGACGAUAUUUUGCGCUGGGAGUGCCUGAUCCAGGGCCCCGAGGGCACGCCCUUUGAGGGCGGCGUCUUUCCCGCCGAGCUCAAGUUUCCCAAGGAUUACCCGCUGGCGCCGCCGACCAUGCGGUUCCUCUGCGACCUGUGGCACCCGAAUGCAACAGUCUACUCGAGCGGCCUCGUCUGCAUCUCCAUCCUACACCCGCCCGGCGACGACCCCAACCACUACGAGCACGCCUCGGAGCGCUGGUCCCCGAUCCAGUCGGUCGAAAAGAUCCUCAUCUCCGUCAUGAGCAUGCUGGCCGAGCCCAACGACGAGAGCCCCGCCAAUGUCGAGGCCGCCAAGAUGUGGCGCGACCGCAGGGCCGAGUACGAAAACGUCGUCCGCGAGGGCGUCCGCCGAACCUUGGGCUUGUAA